UUUUUGUUUUGAUUCCGCGCGUGUUUGUUGUGUUUUUCGGACCGGCGAGUGGUUUUCAAACGUUUCGCGUGUGCUUUUUUACGGGAUUUCGGGAGUGAUUUUAAAGUGGUUUCCGGAGGAAUUUUGCGAGAAACAAUGACCAAAACGAAGCAGACGGAUGAACCGGCGGGGAAGAUGCGGAAGGGGGCCCUCACGGUGGCCCAGAUCAACGCCGAUGAGCUGACUUUCUUGGCCAAUCGCUUCUGGGCUCCGGACACGGUCGACAGCCACGAGCCGUACAAUCCGGCAAUCGUGGAGGAAAUCUACCGGCGUGAAAUCUGCGAGUCUCGGUACUCGAUGCGCCGGAUCAUGAUGUUGGAGUUUAGCCAGUAUCUGGAGAACUACCUGUGGCCAAACUAUCGAGGUGAAGUGGCAACCCGGGCUCACCUGAUGUCGAUCGUGGUGAUGUUGAACGAAAAGUUUCGCGAGAAGGUCGAGGUUUGGAAGGUUUUCAAUGUGAACGGUGAGCAAUUUCCGGAGUUCUUCCAGCACGUGCUGGAAGCUUGCCUCGAAGAAUCCGCGGUCAGUGAGUACAACAUGCGCGAGCAAACGUCGCUGCUGGUGUUUCUGAACCACUGCUUCAACAGUAUGGAGGUCGAGCUGUGUCGGAACCAGGCGAAACGGCUUGUUUCACUUGCCAUGUGGUCAUGUCUGCAGCCCAAGCGACGUGACCAGGAGCUGAAGGAGAUUCCCGAGUGGCGCAAGUUCUGGAAGAAGCUCCAGAAACGUGACAAGCCGGACCAGAAGCAAAAGCUUGAGUGGGAGCGGCACUUUUUGCAGAAUCUCACGAUUAAGUUUAUGCACAUCCUGGAGUCGAUUCCCGGCGAGGGACCGGUUUGUGAGGAAUCGGUACGGUACUGUGAGCGUUUUUUGGAGUUUCUCAUUGAUUUGGAGGCACUGCUACCGACGCGCCGCUUCUUCAACACCGUGAUGGACGACUGUCACGUGGUGGUGCGGUGCUCGAUGGCGCCACUUUUGCAGCGGGACGAAGGGAAUCUGUUUGCUCAGCUCCUGGACAUGCUCAAGUUCUACGCACGGUUCGAGAUCAACGACGAGACGGGCGACCCGCUGACCGACCACGACAUGACCCAGCUGCACUACUCCAAGAUCAAGGCGCUCCAGAAGGCGGCCUUUGCCAAGUUCCCCGACCUGCGGCUGUUUGCCCUGUCGAACGUGGCGAACGUGGACACGCGCGAAUCGCUGGAGAAGCACUUUGGCGCGCUGGAUGGCAAGAGCCUGAAGGAGAUUGCGUGCUACCUGAACCUGGUGCCGGAGGAGUUGGCGGCGCCUUUCGAGUGGCACCGGUUGGAUGAGCCGUUUUUGCGGGAGCUGCUGAUUUCGAGACAUGAACGGAGGGUUUCGCAGCUGGAAUCGCUGAACGAGAUGCCGCUGUACCCGACGGAGGACGUUAUUUGGAACGAGAACAUUGUCCCGACGGAGUAUUACUCGGGGGAGGGGUGUUUGGCGUUGCCGAAGCUGAAUUUGCAGUUUUUGACGCUGCACGAUUAUCUGCUGAGGAACUUUAACCUGUUUCGGCUGGAGUCGACCUACGAAAUCCGUCAAGAUAUUGAGGACGCCGUGAGUCGUAUGCUGCCGUGGCAGUCGGAGGAAGGAGACGUUGUGUUUGGAGGUUGGGCGCGAAUGGCACUGCCCAUUCAGUCGUUUGCCGUGGUUGAGGUAUCGAAGCCUCACAUUGGCGAGAAGAAACCGUCGCGAGUGCGUGCGGAUGUGAGCGUAACGUUGAACGUUCGCAAGGAGAUCCAGGACGAGUGGGAAAACCUACGCAAGCACGAUGUCUGUUUCUUGAUUACUGUAAGACCGACUAAGAACAUCGGGACCAAGUACAACUACAAGGAACACUUUAUCCCGCAAGUUGGGCUGGUCCACGUGAGAGGGUGUGAAAUCGAGGGGAUGUUGGACGCUAAUGGACGGGUCAUCGAGGAAGGAAUCGAACAGCGGCCACAACUCGCUGGUGAACAGCGAACCUACCGCGUCUGGCUUGACUCGAACCAGUACCGUGUGGAUAUGGACCUGCUCCAGACUGGAGGGGAUGAUGUCUACGAAGGGUUCAACAUAAUCAUGCGUCGUAAGCCGAAGGAGAACAACUUCAAGGCGGUGCUGGAGACGAUUCGCCACCUGAUGAACACCGAGUGUGUGGUUCCGCCGUGGUUGCACGACAUUCUGCUCGGCUACGGUGAUCCGGGAGCGGCUCAUUACAGCCGAAUGCCGGACCAAGCGAGGGUGAUGGAUUUCAACGAUACCUUCCUGGACAUUGAUCACGUGCGGUCGAGCUUUCCGGGCUACGAAGUUGUGGUGAAUGAGAAGGACCCGAGUAAGCUGGUUCGUCCGUUUCGGUUGGCUUUUGAGGAUGUGGCGGAAAGGGUUGACAGCAGCGAUGAGGAAGAGGACGACAAGAAGGUUGAGCUGCCCAAGCGAAUAAUCGUGGAACCGUACGAGAUUCCAAGAAGAGGUCCUUACAAAUACAAUGAACCGAAGAAAAACGCAAUCCGCUUCACCCCGACCCAACUGGAAGCCAUCCGUGCCGGCAUGCAGCCCGGUCUAACCCUGGUCGUGGGUCCCCCCGGAACGGGUAAAACCGACGUCGCCGUCCAGAUCAUCUCCAACAUCUACCACAACCACCCGAACCAGCGCACGCUGAUCGUCACGCACUCCAACCAGGCGCUGAACCAGCUGUUUGAGAAGAUCAUGGCGCUGGACAUUGACGAGCGGCACCUGCUGCGUCUGGGUCACGGCGAGGAAUCGCUCGAGACGGAGAAGGACUACAGCCGGUACGGGCGGGUGAAUUACGUGCUGUCGAAGCGUAUCGAUCUGCUGGGGCAGGUUCAGCGGCUGCAGGACUCGAUGGGCGUCGUUGGGGACGUGGCUUACACUUGUGAGACUGCGGGGCACUUUUAUUUGUACCAGGUCAUUGCUCGAUGGGAGAAGUUCCUGAGUGAGUUCGAGGGAAGUAAGGAGUACAAGGAGGCGGCGGCGUUCGAGGAAGCGUUUCCGUUUACAAAGUUCUUCCAGGAUGCUCCGCAGCCGCUGUUCCGGGGUAGUACUUUUGAGGAGAACAUGGAGAUUGCGCACAGCUGCUAUCGGUACAUUUCGCACAUCUUUACGGAGUUGGAAGAGUUUAGGGCAUUUGAGCUGCUGCGGAGUGGGUUGGAUCGUUCAAAGUAUUUGCUGGUGAAGGAGGCGAAGGUGAUUGCGAUGACCUGUACGCAUGCGGCUUUGAAGAGGAAGGAGUUGGUCAACAUGGGCUUCAAGUAUGACAACAUCUUGAUGGAGGAGUCGGCGCAGAUUUUGGAGAUUGAAACGUUCAUCCCGUUGCUGCUGCAGAACCCGAUGGACGGCUACAAUCGCUUAAAGCGUUACAUCAUGAUCGGUGAUCAUCAUCAGCUUCCUCCCGUUAUCAAAAACAUGGCGUUCCAAAAGUACUCCAACAUGGAGCAAUCGCUUUUUACUAGAUUGGUUCGUCUGGGCGUUCCCACCAUCGACUUGGACGGACAGGGUCGUGCUCGGUCCGGAAUCUGCGAACUGUACAAGUGGCGUUACAACAAGCUGGGCGACCUAGAUCACGUCAAGCAGUGGCCAGAGUACAUCAAGUGUAACCCUGGCUUCAUCUACGACUAUCAGCUGAUCAACGUCGAGGACUUUAACGGAGUCGGCGAAUCCGAACCCAAUCCCUACUUCUACCAGAACCUUGCGGAAGCCGAGUACGUCGUAGCCGUGUUCAUGUACAUGCGCCUCAUCGGCUAUCCAGCGGAGAAGAUCUCCAUCCUGACCACGUACAACGGCCAGAAGCACCUCAUCCGGGACGUGAUCGAAGCUCGCUGCGCUGAAAACACUCUCAUCGGCAAACCCCACAAAGUGACCACCGUUGACAAGUACCAGGGCCAACAGAACGACUAUAUCCUGCUGUCCCUCGUGCGCACCAAAACUAUCGGCCACAUCCGGGACGUGCGCCGUCUCGUCGUCGCCAUGAGUCGUGCCCGGCUCGGGCUGUAUAUCUUUGGCCGCGUCUCGCUGUUCAAGAACUGCGUCGAGCUUCAGCCGGCCUUCAAACUGCUCACCAAGCGCCCCCUCCAGUUGCAUCUGGCCCUGGAAGAAACCUUCCCCGGCGAGCGUAAGCUGGACGACAAACCGGCCAAAAAACCGGAAGUCAUCAAGGACAUGAGCGAGAUGGCGCAGUUUGUGUACACGCACUACAUGAAGAAGGUCAACGUGAUUCGCGGUGAGAUGGAAAAAAUGAAGGACCUAUACGAGCAGCACCAGAAGGAAAAGGCCGCGAAGGAGCCACAACCAGAGCAAGUUAGCAAGGCAGCUAAAGAACGGGAAGCCGCCAACGAGUUGGCCCAGGAGCAACCGAAGGAGUUUGUGGCGCAGCCGAUUCGGAACGAGAUUGACGUUGAUGAAGCGCAGCUAGAGCUGGUGCAGAAGCGCCCGAAGAAGAAGGCGAAGGUUGUCCAGCAGCCGGAAAAGAUGGUUGUGGAGCAGGAAGUUGACGAAGAGGAGCAAAAGGAAGAAGAGGCAGCGGAGGCAGCUGAUCAGCAGGUUGAGAAGUCUGGUGAUGCUACUGAAACUACUGAAGAAGCUGAAAAACAGGUAGGUAAGACUGCUGAAGCUGAAGAAGCUAAGCCCGCAGCUGAUGCUGAUGCAGAAAUGUAGGAGCACUAAGUUUUCCAUUAUUGAACCAUUUUUUUUUCAUUUUAUAUUCACUCAAUAAAAGUAUUGAUUAUUCGA